AAAAAAAAAAUGAAGGAUCCAACACAAAUAGAAUUAAGAGAUCCACCAAGAGAUGGCAUAACAAAUAUUUGUUUUCAUCCUGAAGACCCUAAUAUAUUAUUGGCUUCCUCUUGGGAUAAGACAUUACGAGUAUAUAACAUUGAACAAAAUGAGUUGAUUAAAGUGUUCAAUACCGACUCAGUCAUUUUGGACUGCUGUUUUGGCAGCAAUGAUACGGUUUAUUUUGGAGGUUUAGAUAAGAAAGUUAAAAUGAUUGAUUUAAAUACAAAUACGGAAAAAGUGAUUGGAACACAUGAUGAAGCCGUUAGUUGUGUAUGCUGGGGAAAAUUAACAAAUAAAAUAUAUACUGGUUCUUGGGACAAGACACUUCGUAUAUGGGAUCCUUCUAAAUUAACAGAAGAAAAAAUAUUUAAAUUAGAGCACAAAGUUUAUAGUAUGGAUGUGCAAAACGACAAAUUAGCUAUAGCAAUGAGUGAUCGUAAAACACUUAUUUACAACAUUUUAGACAUGUCUUCAGUUUGGCAAUCAAGAGAGACAACAUUACGAUACAUGCUAAAAUGUGUUCGUUUAAUGCCAAACGGUGAAGGAUAUGCAUGCUCUUCUAUUGAAGGUCGAGUCGCCAUAGAAUAUUUUGAUAUGACACCUGAAAUACAAUCAAAGAAGUAUGCAUUUAAAUCCCAUCGUCAAACAAUUAAUGAUAAUGAAGUUGUGUAUCCAGUUAAUGCACUUGCAUUUCAUCCCAAGUAUGGUACAUUUGCAUCAGGUGGAUCAGAUUGCGUAGUUUGUAUUUGGGAUGGUGUUCAUCGAAAACGACUCAAGAUGUUUCCAGGAUAUCCAGAAGAAAUUGCAAAAUUAGCUUUUUCACCUGAUGGUAAAAAGUUAGCUAUUGCUAGUAGUUAUGUUUAUGAUGAAGGAGAACGAGAUCAUGCUCCAGAUACAAUAUUUAUUAAGACUAUUGAGGAUAGUGAUGUAGCCCCUCGAAACAUACAGCGUACAUAAAUAAUAAUAAUAAUAA